AUGGCGUCUGUGGAUGUUGAGGCCGUCAAGGUCUACAGAAACCUGGUGGACACCGUCCUCGAUCGCGCAGAGCAGGUCAAGCCCGACAAGCAGAUCGAACCCCCGUUGACCGAAGCUCACCUGGGCGAACCGAUCUGGCAAGUUCCAAAGGAAAGUCAGGGCAUUGUCUCGCAAUUGAAUCAGCAGACACAGUUUGCUGCCGUGGAAAUCGCUUUUCGAGAGAAAUUCUAUCGCGUCCUGUCCUCAACUUCCAUUGACGACCCUGCUUUCAUCCAGGUCUGGAAUCUUCUUGAUAUCGUCUCCAUUUUCUCCGACAAUGAACAAUGCGAACCUGGCCUGAUCUUCUGGCUCAUUGAAGAGCUGUUGGACAGUCAAACAAUCGAUGGUUGCCGAAAGGUUUUUGACUAUUUGGAGUCGCGACGGGAACGGAAUACGAAGAAACACUUUAAACAGAAAAGCCUGAUUAUUCUGAGAUCAUGCAACGAGCUUCUUCGCAGACUUUCGCGCGCUGAGGACACGGUAUUCUGCGGACGAGUUUUCAUAUUUCUCUUCCAGAGUUUCCCGCUUGGCGACAAAAGUUCUGUCAACCUUCGGGGCGAGUUCCACACCGAAAAUGUUACCACUUACGACGAGAUUGCAAAAUCAGCUACUGAAGAAAAUAAAGAGGAGGACAUAACCAUGGCCGACGACAAUGGGACACCUGGUGAACAAGAAGAUGGUGGUCGUGAUGUUGAGGCGGCUCCUGAGAAAGCAUCGCAAGUCCCCAAGGUUGUUGUCUCCACGGGCGAUAAGAAAAAGCACAAGGAAGAGAUUGAUCUGAACGCUCUUUAUCCUGUGUUCUGGAGUCUCCAAGCCUACUUUUCGUCACCGAGCAAAAUGUUCGACCCGGAACGUUUCGCCACGUUCAAGUCUGGACUCGAGGCGACGCUGUCUGCCUUCAAAAACAUCAAAACCGACCUUGACAGCCAAAGCGCCGCCCGAGCUGCAGAAGACGCCCGAAAAUCCAACAAGCGCAAGCGCAGCGCAGAUGACGUGGAAAUUGCCAGCAGCUUCAACCCGAAGUAUUUGACUAGCCGGGAUCUGUUUGAUCUUGAAGUCAGCGAUACCGCAUUCCGCAGGCAUGUGCUUGUCCAGGCACUGAUUCUUCUCGAUUUUAUGCUCUCUCUCACUCCCAAGGCCAAAGCCCGCAUGGCCAACCUGACGAACAAAUCUGUGCUCUACGGUUUUGUGUUGGGCGAGGAGGAUGCCAAAUGGGCGGUAAAAAUGAGGAAAAGCAUUGAAGGAUACCUGCAACAAGGGCCAGAGGGCAAGUUCUACUAUCGUAUGGUGGACACCGUCCUGUCCCGAGACAAAAACUGGGCGCGCUGGAAGGCAGAAGGCUGUCCACUAAUCGAGCGGCCAGCCGUCUCGGGGACGGACUUCACGACGGCCCGCGCGCAUGCCAGCAAAGCUUAUGCCAAUAAGCGUCUCCGUCUCUCUCCUAUGGGAUCUCUCGACCUCAAGUUUCUUUCCGAUGGCGAGUCGUUGGCCAACAUUGAGCGACUCAAGGAGUCGGACCGAUUCUCCGUUCCUGCGGCAGACUCGUUCAUUAUGGGCAUCAUGGAUGACGAGAUGGACUUGGAUAUGGCACAAAGCCAGGAAGAAAAAGAAAAUGCGGCGAGGGCCAAAACUAGCAAGGCCUGGCGGGUCCUCCGUCUCUCUGUCAAAUCGAAGCUUGGUGCAUUUGACAAGAUUGAGGACGGCAAUAACCUCAAGGCGCUGUUCGAGACACCUGCCGCGCCUGAAGACAGCACGCCUCAGCCUACUGAAGGGGGCACUGACAGCACCCCCAAACCUCUUGAGGAAGUCGCUCAGGGUGCCAAGGAUUUACCCCAGGGCCUAGAUGGAGCGCAGGACGGGUCUACCGAGAACCAAAAUGUCACCAGUGAUGAAAAGCAAGAGCCGAAUCCUACCGCCGACGAGAACACGAGCAAUGAACAGGGUCCUGAUCCAUCAGGCGUUCCAGUGAAUGACACCAAAGAGGACGCCGCGUCUUGA